GGAUGGAUGGAGGGAGGGAGGGAUGCACGGAAGGAAGGCUAGAUGGACCCGCGCACUCUGUAAAGACAUCUUGGCAAUCGGCACGAUGGAUUUGACACAAGGAGGACAUUUUCUAUUGAAAACGGCACAAUGCCCUCCCUCGAUCAUCUCUCGAAACUGGCUUAUUGCAUGUAUGCACACGACGGACGACAUGGAGCCUGCCCUCCCCGCCUACAUCAUUUGACCCACGGUGAUGCGUUCUUGUGGUCAUCUGCGAUGUGACGGCGACACCCGUUUGAGCUAACUUUGUGACGAUGGCGCUGGAUCAAUGGUCAUUCCUCUCGCCUCCACCAAACAUGACUAUCCCCGAGCCGCUCCUGUACGACAGCUACCUUCAAGGGAACGGGUCGGGCCUGGGCCUGGACCUGGACCUGAACCUGACGGGAGAAAGCAAGGAACCCCACCAGGACAAGACCAGCUCAGUGGUCAUCUCUUUGAUUUACUUCCUGGUGUGCGCGGUGGGGCUCUGCGGCAACGCCCUGGUCAUUUACGUCAUCUUACGCUACGCCAAAAUGAAGACGGUGACCAACAUCUACAUCCUCAACCUGGCCGUGGCCGACGUGCUGUGCAUGAUGAGCCUGCCGUUCAUCGCCUUACAGCUGGCAUUGGUGCAUUGGCCCUUUGGCGAGGCGCUGUGCAAAGUCAUUUUGACUGUGGACUCUCUCAAUCAGUUCACCAGCAUAUUUUGCCUCACGGUGAUGAGCGUCGAUCGCUACCUGGCCGUGGUUCACCCUAUUAAGUCGACAAAAUGGCGGAAGCCCCGGGUUGCCAAGUUCAUCAACUUGACAGUGUGGGGCGUGUCGCUGUUAGUCAUCCUGCCGACGAUGAUCUUCAGCGGUCUGGACAAGGUACCGGUCUGCGGGAUCGUUUGGCCCGAGCCCCAGGACGCCUAUUACACCGCCUUCAUCUUUUACACCUUCUUCAUUGGAUUCUUCCUUCCCCUGGCCGUCAUCUGCCUGUGUUACCUGUUCAUCAUAGUCAAGGUCAAAUCGUCAGGCAUGCGAGUGGGCUCGAGCAAACGCAAACGAUCGGAACGUAAAGUGACCCGCAUGGUCUCGGUGGUGGUGGCCGUCUUCGUCCUCUGCUGGCUGCCCUUCUACGUUUUCAACGUCACCUCGGUCACCGGCUCCAUCAACCCCACGUCGGCGGUGAAAAGCACCUUUGACUUUGUGGUGGUGCUGGGCUACGCCAACAGCUGCGCUAACCCCGUUCUCUACGCCUUCCUGUCGGACAACUUCAAGAAGAGUUUCCAGAAGGUGCUGUGUCUCAAAAAGGUGACGGGCCUGGAUGAAAUGGACCGCAGUGACAGCCGGGCGGACAGGAGCAGGAUGGCCAAUCACGCGCUCAUCAUCAACGCCAACUUGGAGGCGCAUAAUGCGGCGCUGCUCAACGGAGAGCUUCAGACCAGCAUUUGA